UUUUCCGUGGCUGACUUUUGACUCCACAUCUAAGCUAAGCAAAGUAAGCCAAAACGCAAAAGCGGUAGUUGAAUUUUUGGACGUGGAAUUCUAGCGUUGGGGAAUUGGAGGGAGAAGAGAAGAGGGUUAUUAGCACAACAGCAGCAUAAGAAGAAUCGCGUUUGGAUGGAAGCGGUGGCGGAGGGGCUAUGGGGACUCGCCGAGUACCACGAGAAGAGAGGGGAAAUAGGGAAAGCAGUGAAGUGCCUCGAAGCCAUAUGCCAAAGCGACGCGUCGUUUUUCCCAAUCGUCGAGGUCAAGACUCGUCUUCGCAUUGCCACGCUUCUCCUUCACCAUUCUCACAACGUCAACCACGCCAAGUCACACCUCGAACGUUCUCAAUUGCUUCUGAAGUCUAUUCCGUCUUGCUUCGAAUUGAAGUGCAGAGCGUACAGCUUGCUCAGCCAGUGUUACCAUCUCGUCGGAGCUAUUCCGCCGCAGAAACAGGUCUUGCACAAGGGACUCGAGCUCGCUGCAUCUGUAGGAUACGAGAUUUCAAUGAAGUUGUGGUCUUGCAACUUUAAUUCACAGCUUGCAAAUGCUUUAUCAAUUGAAGGGGACUACCAGGGUUCAAUCUCUGCCUUAGAGUGUGGAUAUGUCUGUGCUACUGAAGUAUGCUUCCCGGAGUUGCAGAUGUUCUUUGCCACUUCAAUAUUGCAUGUCCGCCUCAUGCAAUGGGAUGAUGAUAAUUUGGUUGAGCAAGCUGUUAAUCGAUGCAACCAGAUUUGGGAAUCAAUUGCUCCAGAUAAAAGACGACAAUGCCCUGGCUUACUAUUUUAUAAUGAAUUACUGCACAUAUUCUAUCGACUGCGGCUAUGUGAUUACAAGAAUGCUGCACCUCAUGUAGACAAUCUGGAUGCUGCCAUGAAGAUUGAUAUGCAGCAAACACAACGUAUACAAGAGCUAGUGAAGGAGCUCAAUACUUUAGACCAAAGUCUCUCCCGAUCUGACCUUCACUACAGGGAUAGGACAGCAUUAUCUAAAAAGCAAACAAUGAUUCAGGAGCAACUGCAAAACAUGACUGGAUUGAGUUCAAUUGGGCAGGAAUCACUGCAACCAGUAUAUUUUGGGAAUGUCAGAAGGAUAAUAGGAGAUAAGCUUCAGUUAGCACCUCCUCCUAUUGAUGGUGAAUGGCUUCCUAAAAGUGCUGUCUAUGCAUUAGUUGAUCUAAUAGUAGUUGUGUUUGGGCGCCCAAAAGGACUUUUUAAGGAGUGUGCAAAACGCAUACAGUCUGGGAUGAAUAUAAUUCAAGAUGAGUUACUGAAGCUUGGAAUUACUGAUGGUGUUAGAGAAGUGGAUUUACAACACUCUUCUAUUUGGAUGGCUGGUGUGUACUUAAUGCUACUAAUUCAGUUUCUUGAAAACAAAGUGGCUAUAGAGCUUACACGAGCAGAAUUUGUUGAAGCACAAGAGGCUUUGGUACAGAUGAAAAAUUGGUUCAUGCGGUUUCCAACCAUAUUACAGGCAUGUGAAUGCAUCUUUGAGAUGCUUAGAGGCCAAUAUGCUCAUUCAGUUGGCUGUUAUCACGAAGCUGCUUUUCAUUUUAUUGAAGCAGUGAAGCUUACAGACAGCAAAUCAAUGCAAGCAAUGUGCCAAGUUUAUGCAGCUGUCUCUUACAUCUGCAUUGGUGAUGCUGAAUCUUCUUCACAGGCACUUGAUUUGAUUGGUCCAGUUUAUGGAGUAAUGGAUUCUUUCGUAGGAGUUAGAGAGAAAACAGGUGUUCUUUUUGCUUAUGGUCUUUUAUUGAUGAAGCAACAGGAUCUACAGGAAGCAAGGAAUCGUUUGGCAAGGGGAUUGCAGCUGACACAUACGUAUUUGGGGAACCUUCAAUUUGUUUCACAAUAUUUGACGAUCCUUGGUAGUUUGGCCCUUGCAUUACAUGACACUGUACAAGCCAGAGAGAUAUUGAGAUCUUCUUUGACCUUAGCAAAGAAACUUUAUGAUAUUCCUACUCAGAUUUGGGUGCUAUCUGUUUUGACAGCCUUAUAUAAAGAAUUAGGUGAAAGGGGGAAUGAAAUGGAGAAUGCUGAGUAUCAAAACAAAAAAUUAGAAGAUUUGCAGAGGAGACUUGCUAAUGCACAUGCAUCCAUUUAUCAUAUUGAAAUAAUUGACAAAGUAAGACUUGAAGUUCACCAAUUAAACGAUUUGGACAUCAAGCGUGCAAUGGCCGACCCAACUAUGGGAGUCAAUCUUGAUAUCCCUGAAUCUAUUGGUCUGUCAGCACCCUUAUCUGCUCCAUCAUCAUCAAGGCUAGUUGAUAUAGACACCAGAAGACGUGGAAAACGGAGAAUUUAGUGUUUUCCUUGUGCAGGCAAAUACAUUAUUGUGAAUUAAUUGCUAGCUAUUGCUCCAAGGUCCAAGUGGGUUGAAGAGUUUAGCAGAUAGGGUUUCCACUUACCAGCAAGGUUCGUUUAUCACGUGCAUCACGGUUAAAAGAUUCUGUACAGUUAAUUAGGAUGUUAUCCAUAAGUUAUAGAUGGAAUAGAUAUUAGAACUCACCAGUUAACAUUAGAAUAGGGUUCUUUUUUGUAUCAAAAAGAGGAAAAAAAGUAGAUAGGUUUUUAAGGAAGUUUCUUAGAAUUUAUUUUCCUGUGCUCCAGCUGUUUAUAGCAUUUUUCAAUUCACGAAAGUCAGUAUGCUUUCUUAUAAAGAUGUCAUACUGUAAAUUAAUUGCAAAAUUUUUAGUGAUAUAGAAUUUCGUGUGCACCAAAUCUGGAUGAA